UACAAAUUCAAACAACAUCUAACCGCUGACAAACUGUAGCAAGCGGCCGCCCGGCAGCGGCAACAACAGCGGUAGCGGCAGGAGCAGCAGUGUGGGUGGGUGGGCAGUGUAGUGGCGGCAGCAGGAGGGCGGCGGAUACAGGAUCAGUGGUGGCUUUGGUGGCAAUAGCUGCAGCGCUACGAGGGUCAGGGGCACAGAGGGAGCGGCUCUCGAAGGGACACUGGGACAGCAGGGCUGGGUACACAGGCUCAGUGGUGGCGGCAGCGGUGUUGGCAGGGCCGGGGACACAGAGGUAGGAGGGCCAGGACACAUUGGCAGCCGCAGAAAGAGGCAGUGUCCCCGGGAGACUGACACAGCAGCAGCGGCCGGCGUGGGGGAGUCUCGGACAGAGAGGCGGCCCAGGGGCGGAAGACAUCCACAGCGCGGGAGUUGAGGACAUUCGGGCUGGGACGCCGCCGUGCCCGGGUGGUGCUCUCGGUCGGGCGGGCUGGGCUCGUCCCGCUUUGAACUCGCUACAAUGCAGGCACAGAGUCAUGUGUUGAUGAAACCACUCUUGUUGCAAUAAGAUGAAGGCCAGUCCGAGGAGGCCCUUGAUUCUGAAACGGAGGAAACGGCCCCUAACCUUCAGCAGUCCUGUCGAUGCAAAGGACACCGCCAGGGAAGAGCAGGCGUUUGGGAGCCAAGACAAGGCCGUGGGUGGAGAUUUUGAUACAGCCAACACCUCCCCGAGUAACGACAUCUUGGGAACGUCACAAAAGAAUCCGGCCGCCGUUGUUCAAAAAUUUCCAGAAGGGAUUCGCAUCGUAAACCAUCCGUCAAUACCCGACACCCAAGUUGUCUUAAUUCCAAGAAACGCAGAUCUUCAGAGUAUCAUAGCAGCACUCACCGCAAAGGGCAAGGAAAGUGGCUCCAAUGGUCCCAAGAAAUUUAUCCUCCUGAGUGGCAAUGCAACUUCUUCCCGCCAGAGUCUGCCCUUGGAGAGUAAUGAUCCUUCCUUAACUCAAGGCAGUUUGUCCAAUGUUCCAGAAGGCAGACCGAAAUCUCUGGAGUUACAGGAAGAACCGGGUGUGAAAGAUGGCAAAGUGGCAUCCUUGGAUGCUGCAAAUGGUGUCAGCAUCAAGAAGGAGGAAUCGUGCACGCCGCGUGUCCCUGAAGCAUUGGUAUCGUCAGCACUGUGUGAUCCAGACACCAACACAGCACCUGCAGCUACUGACCGCCUUCUGGACGACAGCCUGACCAACAUCCAAUGGCUGGGAAAGAUGAGCACAGAUGGACUGGGAGCUUGCCACGUGAAGGACGAGGCCGAGAAAGAGAACAAAGAGCCUGCCCCACAGGGGCCCACACCAGAGACCGUUCACGAGCGCCCCCCGUAUUCCUACAUGGCCAUGAUACAAUUUGCUAUAAACAGCACCCAGAGCAAGAGGAUGACGCUGAAGGAAAUCUACACCUGGAUCGAGGAUCAUUUCCCCUACUUCAAGCACGUGGCCAAGCCAGGUUGGAAGAACUCCAUUCGCCACAACCUGUCCCUGCACGAUAUGUUCAUCCGCCAGACCUCCCACAACGGCAAGAUCUCGCACUGGACCAUCCGCGCUGAAGCCAACCGCUUCCUGACCUUGGAUCAGGUCGUCAAGUCAUUGGAUUUCAGCCCAGCCGACAAGACUCAUUGGAUCCAAGCAGCUCCUGUGUUGGUCUGUCAACAACAGCAGAAGCGAUCCAGCAGUAUAGAAGCACCAAAGAGCAGCGUGGCGAUCAGUACAGAGGCGAACCUGAGGAAGAUGAAGCCGCUGCUGCCACGGACCGACUCCUACCUGGUGCCCAUCCAGCUGCCCGUCACCACCGCGCCUCUCAUCCUGCAGCCCUCUCCUCACCUCUCCCUGCCCGCCAUCACAGGCCAUCCCUCCACCUCCACCGGACAAGACUUGCCCAGGAAACACAAGCGGGUCCGCAUCGCUCCAAAGGUACCAAAUGACACGUUGAGUUGCAACCCGCUGGUGCUGACGGUGAAGCUCCCCGAGAACCCGCUGCUGCUUGCGGCCCCCCCGGCGAGCGCGGUGAUGGACGGCUGCGCCGCGCCGAGGCUCAGCGAGGCGGUCAAGGAGAGCGGCUCGCGGCGGAAGCAGAGGCACGUCCUGCAGCCCCUCGAGGAGCCCGUGCUCCUGUUCCCCGAGGUCGGGGAGCCCGAGGCGGCCGAGGUGGGGUUGGACUCCGGCCUGGUGUCUGACCUGUCCACCUUCCACGAAUCCAGGAACCUGGAGCAGUGCCCAGACUUUGCCAACGCCUCCGUGGAUUACAACUUCAAAACGCCCAUCAAGGAGAGGCCCCGAGACGCGCCCGCCUCGUCCACGCCCAGUCGAGGGGCCGGCGGGGGUUCCCCCAUCACGGUGGCCAACAGCUGGAAGAUCGCCCUGACCCCGCUGAAGAAAGACGACAGCCUGUUCGAGUUCAGUCCCGUGAGGACGCCUCGCGGCUCCUUCCUGACGCCGCUGAGGAACGACACGGGCUCCCUCAGCCUCAGCAGCACGCCCUUCAAGGAGUUUGCCCUCUUCGAGUCGCCGCGCGAGCUGCUCAACUCUCCCGUCCGCGAGCCCGAGCACGAGGCGGGCUUCUCUCCCCUCCCCCACGACAAGGGUCAACUCAACGCCGCCGCCAACCGCUCUCUGACCGAAGGCCUGGUCCUGGACACCCUCAACGAGAGUCUCAGUAAAAUACUGCUGGACAUCAGCUUCACUGGCCUGGAAGACGAGGACUAUGAACUCAGCAACAUGAGCUGGUCCGCACUCAUCCCAGAACUGCGAUAAAUGGUCCCAGGACAGCGGGCAGAAGACUUUGCUGCUUCGAUGGUUUCCCCUGCCUGCUUGGACCAUUUUAACUUCAAGAUGUCAACUUCAAACUCUCAACUUAAAUGUUUUUUUUUUAAAAGCUGCCCGUACCAGACCCUUGGACUAAAUGUCGGUUCAUUUCUAAACCAUCGGUUCCCACUGCCCAGAUGUGUAAGUACUUAGUGCAUCUCCCCAUUGGAUAUGCCUACUGUAACUCAUUUAAUCACGGUUCACCUCUUGCCUAACGAGCUGCCAUCGUUGUGAUGUAUGAUUUGCGAUAUGUUGCUGCUUUACCUUUCUCGACACGAGGACCACGGCCACUUUCAAGAGACCUUGUGAUGUUUUCUGCCAUUUCAUUCUCUAGUUCUCUCUCUCUCUCUCUCUCUCUCUCUCUCUCUCUCUCUCCCCCCCCCCCCCCCCUCCCCCCCCCCCCCCCCCUCUCCUUCCCUCUUCACCCCCCCCCCCCCCCUUCCCUCUCUCUGAUUGCCUGACUCUCUUGAUACUUGAAGCUUCUCUCAGGGAUGAGUAACUUUUGUACACUGCGCUUGUAAAUACACCAUUUAAAAUGUAAAGUUUAUAUAAGGGGGGGUAUGGAGACCUUCCUGGUCUCGGGGAGGUCUGAGCUGAAGGUUGACGCCUGAUUUGUCAGACUUGAGAUCAGUGUUUUUGUGUGGGUUAUCUCGGAGACUGAUGUUAAUAGUUGUGCCUGGUCGCUGAUUGCAUUCAAUUCCAGCCCCGGCUGCUCUUGCAGCGGUAACUGAAGCGUCUUGAUGUCAGUCAGUCAGUCUCGGAUGUUGAUGUUCUCCAUUUGAUGAUCAGGACAGAUUUCAGAUUCUCCAUUAUUUUCGAUAACUGAGUUUGCAGUUUCCUCUUUAUCAGGAAAGCAAAAUUGAAUAAGCAUGUCCGAUUUUAAUGUUUAGUUCAUUCAGUAUCUGCUCACAAUACCACCGCGUCUGUCUCUGCCUGGCCAGAGAAGGCGGCUUUUCUUGUGCAUUGUAAAAUGACAUCGAAAAUAGGUGCAGGUGCCAUUCGGCCCUUCUGGCCAGCACCUUGACCAUGACCUUAAGCAUUCAAACCACUGGCAUUCUGACCGUGUUUGGUCCAGAUUAAACGGGCGUAAACGGGUGGUUACAUUUUGACAGUCAGCAAUUUAGAUGGAAUACAAUAUAACUGUUUACACAAACGGCUCAAGUUAACCCAAUGAAGGGGACCAUUGUUGUGCUGGGGUUUGUGAUCUGGGCUGUCUUGGGGACUUGUUGCAAUGACCUGACUUCUACUCUCCUGGCUUGCCAAUGGCGACAUUCGUUAUCCUGGAUAAAGCAGGUGUGUGUUUGUCGACCUGGAUUGCCCUCGCAGCCCGUAGCGUAGACGAGGAACUCAAACACAAGGAUCAAAGUGGUGGUUUUCCGCUAUUUGAUUGAAUAGUCCAGGUUAGGUUUGUCGAACGUGACGUGCUUUUUAUUCAUCUGUGUUGGCUGUCAGUAAUUAAUCUAUUUCCCCACAUUCAUUGGAUUCUGUUUUCUACUUGUAAUUGGUGAUUUCUCCCUCCCUUUUCAAAUAAAUAUUUCUGACCCCCCCCCUCCAGUCCAUGAGAGAGAGAAUGAGAAUGAGAGAGAGCAAGAACGAGAGAGAACCUCCCUCAGGAAGCUUUUCUGUUUUGGCACCUCCCUUCUAAUACCUCCCUUCUCAUCUAGUGCUUCAGCAGCCAACACCUGCUGUAGACCUGGCUGGGUUAUAUCUGGGAUAGUGCCCUGACAUCGAAUUGUUCAUCAAAGUAAUGAGGAAGAAUGGAAAGGCAACUGGAAGACUGGCCACAAGGCUAUUGUCAUCUCGGUCCCCCCCCCCCACACACACACUGAUUCUGAAACCACUCCACUUUAUUCCCCAUGUGCACAUCCAACACUGCUUCCCUUCACGUCUGAAGUACUUUGAUCAAGAAAUAUUGGGACACAUUUUGAGAAUCUCACUCUCUUUGCCUUUUCUUCCUCGUCUGUAUUCCUUGCCUUUUCUCCAAGGCUUCAUUCAGACAUGAACAUUCCUCACUUUCACUUCUGUGUUUUCAUCCAUUUUUGGUGCAGAUAGAUCCCUGCAGGUUUCCCCCCACGUCCAGUGGUGCAAUAUUACAGCCAUUCCCUCCUUCACUCUUCAAUUGUAACCCGAUAGAUCCCGCUAAUGAGUCGUCCCGCCUCUAGGCUGCGUCAUUGCGUCCAUACCUCAUUCAUCCAUCCACCACCUCCAUCUCACAAGAGUACAACUUGGUCAGGAAUGGUACAGCUCCCUUUUCCUUUGAUCCCAAUGCCCAUCCUCGGCCUUCCCGCCUGACUGUUCCGUCGCACUAGACACCGUCCAUUUUCAUGCUCGAGGCUCGUGACGGCACGCUCACCGAGCCCACCUCGCCAGCCGUGCAUUCCUCUGCUGCAAGCCGUGCGUUCCUUUACUUUGACACCGCUAGUCUCCCCAGCCCCUCCUUGCUGUCUCUGGGAGUGAGAAUAGAGCCUUGACGUUCCUUGCAUGUCCUGGCGAGAUGUUCUGUUCUCUCUUCUCCCCCCCCCCCCCGGCAGACCUUCUCGUUGCUGCCUGCAACUUUCUGUUAUCUUCCCGUUCUUCUCUGCUCCAGCGUUCAUGCGUGUGUGCAUCAAGAGAGAGCCCAGCAAAUCCCAUUCCCGGUGUUAUUUUAUUUCCCGGCGUGGUCACGGUUUACGGAAGGGGGAGGCCAGGCCAGGCCGGGCCGGUGAUCUUGCGGAGUUCCCGGUGUUGUCCACCUUGGUACUGCCGCGGGCAGAAGUGUCAUUCCAGCAGUGCUGAGGUUGUGCUUUGUAAUUCACCCAGCUACUCCUCUUCUCAAGCAGUGCUUUUAUUAAAGAGACAGUUUAUUUGCUGAAGUUAUUCCAUUGAAAUAAUCCAUUCAGAAAUGAUGAAUUGGCAGAAGAGCUUUUCCUUUUGUCUGCAUCUUUCUCUUCCCACGUAUGGCUGGAGCCAUCAACAUUGGAUAGUGUGAAGUUUUAGCCCUUGUUGUCGAUCAAGGCAGUAACAUUUGGGGUCAAAACCAUUUUGAGAUUGUGUUCUUGUUUGUCUCAACGGGUCGGCAAGACAGUUGGCUGUCUUUUCUCGAUUACUGGUAUUGAUGAUAAAGUAUAGUGAUCAGCUAUCUCCACCCAAACCACUAAAGGCCCAACAUUUUAUUUAAGGCCCACCAUUUUAUUUAAGGCCCGCAUUGUGUGAGUGGCGAUGCGCGUGUGUGGGGUUUUUAUUUUAAUCUGCUCCUGCCUUCCAUCCCAAGAUAUCAGUGAACAGCCAGAGUACAUGCAGACCAGAACACUAACAGCAAUAAGUUUGUUGGUCGAACGUUUCCUUAGCUGAGUCGAUAGAUCAUGCAACAGCAACAGUAGUUGCAAAUUAUGUACGAUCCAGCUUGCAGUCUUUGUAAAUAUUUCAUAUUAAAUAACUUGUAAAUACCCCAGACUCUGUCAAUGCACCUUAAUAGAACUCGGUCUUGUGUAAGUACGAGCAGUUCGUUGCGACACUGGAUGUGCUGAUGGGUGAACAGACUGCUGUACAGUAACAGAAUGGCAAUAAAAAUGAUUUACCCAAAUU